AUGUCUCGACGUUCCUCCUCUCCUCCAUUGUCUCCUAGACUCGCAAAACGUCCAAGACUCGACUUCGAACCCCUGACCCCGGAAGAUUACAAGAAUGGCGUGGUACUCGCGCCCAUGGUCCGAUCAGGCGCAUUACCCACCCGACUCUAUGCUUUGAAGCACGGUGCAUCAUUAGUCUGGGGUCCGGAGACGGUAGACAAAGCGAUUCUACACACGGAGAGGGUGGUGGAUCCUACCACAGGUGUCAUAAGCUAUGUCGGGAAGACGAAGGCUCUUUUCACCACCCAUCCUGUUGAGAAACCCUACCUCAUUUACCAGAUCGGCUCUGCGGACCCCGAGCUUGCUGUGCAAGCGGCCAGAACUGUCCUGCAAGAUGUAGCGGGCUUCGAUCUCAAUUGCGGCUGUCCAAAACCCUUCUCCACUCAUUCCGGAAUGGGCGCGGCCCUACUCUCGAACCCUGACUUACUGUGCUCCAUUCUCACUGCUCUGCGGGAGGCCAUGCCACCUGAGAUAUCCAUCUCGGCUAAGAUCCGUUUGCUUUCAUCUCAAGAGGAUACAUUAAAGCUUGUAGAGCGGAUCGUCAAUACAGGCGUGAACGCGCUGACGGUCCACUGUCGCACUCGCAAUAUGCGAAAACGAGAGAAGGCACACAUCGACCGACUACGAGAGAUUGUAGACUUUGUGCGGGGGUUGGGGCGAGAUGUCGCGCUUAUAGAGAAUGGUGACUGUGAGGACUACCAGGAUGCAAUACGAAUACGAGAGAUUACGGCGUAUGUAGGCGCCGAUUCAGUCAUGAUUGCGACAGCGGCAGAAGCAAACCCGACAUGCUUUUCGCCGAAUCCCCUUACUGAUGUUGAAAUGACAUUUAUACCGCAAUAUAUGCGCCUGUGCAGGUAUCUCAACAAUCACUGGUCGUCAACAAAAUUUUGCACUGCCCAGUUCAAGGGUUCCCACGUAAACGCGCGCAGAGCAGACCUCAAGGGCCUGCGGGACGCCAUCCAGAAAGCGAAGUCGUACGAGGACAUGGACGCGCUAGUAGCGCCCUGGACGGGCGAAGAUGAGUUCAAGGCCAUUGUGGACGUGAUUGAGAAGCGCGAUGGCCGCCGCGGACAAGCGCACAAACUCCCGCCGCCCGUGGUGUCUGCGAAGCAGAAGGCUUUAUCCGAUGUUGAGAUCAAGCGCCAGGAGGCCGAACAGCCUGUGACUCCCGAACAAGAGAUCAACCUUCAGACACCCCCUGCAGCGUCUCCAGAUCCUUCAGUUCUGAACGCACCACUAGCGCCCGCGAAUAAGCUGCGAAUGCCCCUUCCUGCUAUGCUCACUGGGGACCUCCCAACGCCAACUCCUUCCGCUACUGGGUCGGCUUCAUCGCUCAGAUGA